AUGGAGACCAAAUGAGAAUCAUUAGCUUCUUCAGAAAGCGACGACAGCCCGAAGAAAUUAGAAUUAAAAAAAUCUAAAACAAUUGGCUCAAGUUUGUUCCUAGCGGCUGAUCGGAAGAAUACCCUUAGCACAUUCUUACCUCAGGCAAGGUCAGGAAAUAUGUCUAUUUUUGACCCUGGCAGGAACAGUCUAAGCCGGGGCUCUAUCCAAGGAAGUGCCUAUCAGAGCACUUUUAGCAUCAGUAAUCUAAAAGUGAAGAGUUCCAAUCUUCCGGAACAUUUUGAUGUGAAAUCAGUGAAGAAGAAUUAUCAUGAUUCAGAGACUUGCCAACUUUGAGACAAAAAGUUCACAUUAUUUAUAAAGAAGAAGAACUGUAAUCGGUGAUCAAGGUGCAUCUGAAGUGACUGUGGAGAUAACCGCAGGGUGCUCUCACUAUCUGAUAAGAAGAAAUAUAGGGUUUGCGAUCGAUGUGAUUUUAAACUCGAAAAUUCUGACUUUGAGAAUAAGUAUAAGAGCAUUUUGAAGGCUGAAAGUGACACUAUUAGUAUUCAGAAUUCGAUAAUACAGAAAUUGACCAAGGAGUUAGACGAAGAUGUGUACAUCCCUGACAAUACUGUGGAACGUGAGCAAGAAAAAUAAUGAAUUUGAUGAAAAAUUUAAUAAUGAUCUAGAAACUCUUCAAUUCAUUAACAGAAAUCACACUUUUUAUCAAAAGAAUCUUAUCAAUGCAAAUAAGAGAAUUACUGAUCUUGAUAGAAAUAUUGAAAAUCUGAAGGUCAAAAAGAAAACCUCUAUUGAAGAGCGAAAAGAGAUGGAACUCAAAUGAAAGAAGAAGCUCGAAACACUUAAGGAAAAACACCCUAAUUACGAACAAUUUAUCAAAGAUCUUCUCCAGAAUUUAGAAUCUGAAGACCCUGCAAUAGGGGAGGUUGAGAACCUAACACCUCCAGUCUUAGACACAGACGCCCUGAACGCAGUACGUAAAUCCCUGGAAAGACAGAAUAAAGCUGUUGAAUUUCUUAAUGCUCCUGGACAAAUUUCUGCUAAAGAGGCUCAAUCAAUCAACUUUGAUGAGGAAGAUUCUCAAUAAGGUCUUUCAGUACUCGAAGGAUGAGCCGAAUACUGAAAGUCUGAUCGCCCCGC